AUGGCUCUUGAAGCGGAAUCACUGUACUCGCCUACUUCUCCGGCAUACGUGGCAGCGACAGUGGCAGCAAGAGAGAGUGGUUUGGAGCUGGACACGAGGCUGGACAACUUUGAGCAACCGCCGGCAGAACACGAAGAAGAGCCGAUGCGGUCGCCACAUGUGGAAGCCACUUCAACCGAACCAAAGGAGGCAACAGCAGAGGCGGCAGUACAUGCUGGUAUGGAGAUCGAUCAAGAGCCACGGCCGGAGCCAGCCGAGGAAGCCACUUGCGACGAUCCAGAGGAGGCAGCGGCAGUGGGCACCAUGCCGCAAGAGCCGGCGACUGUGGAAGCCAUUUGCAACUCGGGGGAGGCGGCAGCAGAGGCGGCAGUACAGGCUGGUAUGGAGAUCGAAGCAAACCCACGGCCGGAGCCAACUGAGGAAGCCACUCGCGACAGGUCGCAGGUGGCGGCUGCAGGGGAAGCAGCACAGGCUGGUAUGGAGAUCGAUCAAGAGCCACGGCCGGAGGCAACUGAGGUAGCCACUCCCGACGGGUCGGAGGUGGCGGCAGGGGCAGCAGCUCAGGCUGGCAUGGAGAUCGAAGCAAGUGACCCACGGCCGGCGGCAGAUGUUGAAGCCACUCGCGACGAUCCAGAGGAGGCGACAGCAGAGAUGGUGGAACUGUAUGACGUCUUGCCCGACGAUACCCCGCAUGAGCGAACGGAAAACGGAGGCGUCCACCUGUUUUUCUCCCUGUCGGCCUCGAUGCAAGCGGGUCUAAUCAGCGGCGGCGGCCGGCAAGGUCUCACGUGGCGAAAUGAGAAGGUCGGGAUCGACACUCGGGGAGACGGAGGGCUCAUAUUCUGUGAUCCGAGUAGCUACAGAGCCCUAGACGGCGAGGAGCGGCGGUAUGAGUGGAUCCAAGAGAUCCUGGAGGACCGAUCCAACCUGAGGGCGAUGCCGGACUGGUUGAUCGCGGUCAUCAACGGCGAGGGGGCAGCCGCCAGGGACUCCGUCAAGCACGAGCCUUUCUGGGCUCCCACGUCCGAACCGGACCCGACCGAGAGGGGCGGCGACGCCGAACCGGCGGUUCUGGAGAGGAUUCGGGUGUGUCUCGCGAAAGCGGGAGAUACCACCUCCACCUUCGACAAGCUCAAGAAGUACCCAGCCGGCGACAUGUAUGUAUACAGAGCUCACGGACAGCGCAAAUGCCCUUACGGGCAGCAGCACAGCUCGAACAACUUCUCCGUCCUCGUCCGCGGCCGAGCGUUGCUCUACUCCUGCAACAGCAGCGAGUGCUGCGAAGUCCGCCCGUUGAAGCAGAUCGGGAUGCUCACUCGAUACGAGGCCAUGCUCGGCGGAGAGGUCGCCCCCGUUUCCGCCGACGACGAGAGCAUGUAUCGGACGCUGGACAAGCGCUUCGUGGACCACUGGGCGUUCCAGGGGGACAUGGGCGGGAGCCAUAUCGCCAGCCAGAUGUACUCAUCCUGCGGCAGAGUGUUCUUUUACAACAAGUGGCACUUUUGGAAUGGGAAGCACUACGAAGAGGAUCCCACCGGCGCGUACGUCCGGUUCGUCAUGAUGCACCAGCUCAGCAGCGUGUACGAUCGAGUACGUGAGCGGUUGCGCAAGGAGUUGAAAAACGAGAAGGACAAGAAGAAGGCUCAGAGACUGGAAGAGAUCAUCAAAGGCAUCAAGAAUUAUAACAACUCGUCCGCGAUCAAGAGCACGAUGGAGGUCAUGCAGGGCGAGAUGUACGCACCCGACCUGUUUGCUCUGCUGGAUAAGGACGUCCACAUCAUCAACUGCCGCAACGGAAUCUGGCAGCUAAAGACGGGCGACCUGGACACCCACCGGCCGCAGUACAUGUGCACUCGUAUGAUCGAUCUGCGCUACCUGGGGCUGGACCACGCCUCGCCUGUUCCCCUGGAGUUCCUGCGGGACAUCUUUAACGCCAAAGAGGGGCUCAUCCGGCGUUUUGUACGCGCCUUUGCGUAUGCAGCAAACGGCAUGACUCGGGAGGAGAAGCUCUUCUUUCUCAUCGGGCUCGGAGGGAAUGGUAAGGGAGUGUGGAAGGAGGCGAUCAAGGCGGCAUUUGGCCCAUACUACGGCACCAUGUCCACGGACGCGGUCGUCAAAACCCCUGGACAGCGGCCUGCCUCGAAGGGCUCGCCGACCCACUACCUCUUCGCCUUGAAGGGCAAGCGGAUGGUCAUAUCGGACGAGACGGACAAAUCGCAGUGUGUGGAUGCGGCCCUGGUUCUAUCCACGUGCGGCGGGGGCGACAUCGUGGCCCGCGAACUCUACACAAAGAACGUGGAGUUCACGCUAACCCACACGCCCUUCAUCCAGACCAACAACCCCCCCCUGCUGCCCCCGGGGACCAAUCCGAAGGCCGACAACUUCCGCCGGCGUAUCGAAGUUUUCCGAUUUCCAAACACCUACGUGACGGCUGACAAAUUCGACCCUUCCAAUCCGGACCACCGGCUUGCAAACACCGGCCUGAAGGAGCGCAUGCUAGCUCCCGACGUCCUGGAGCAGUUGCUCUCCCUCCUCGCGCGCGAGUCUGUCGAAUACUACAGAGAGGGACUCGGCGAGACUCCGCCAGAAGUCGUCGAGGCGACGCGGGCCUAUUUCGAAGACUGCGACAUGCUGCAGCGGUUUCUGGAUGAGCACUGCCUGCGGGGAACCGGCCUGGAGACUCUCGAGCAUGACUUCGUCGACGACUACAACAAAUUCUCGCAUGAGGAAAUCAAACCCGAGGCGUUGAAGAAGCGCAUGGAGGGGAAGGGGUUCAAGCGAAGCGGGAAGGCCGUCAACGUUUUCGGAAAGAGGGAGCUGUAUUAUCCGGGGGUCAAGAGCGUCUAUGCACGUAGUUAG